CCCCCCCUAAAGUUCCUUUUCUAGGUUUUCUGCUCGUCUUCGUGCCCCUUAACCCCGAACUUUUGCGUGUUUCGUACGGUCUAUCUAACCCUAAUCUGUGGAAACCCUCCUCUUCUUUCGCUGUGAGGUCUUCCCUUUUUGUUUCCUUUUCCAAUUUCAUUUGCUAGGUUUUGGUAUUUUGAUUGAUUCCGCAGUUCUUUUUGUUCGAUUUUUGUUUCUUUUGAAGAUUUUGUCUUCUCGGGCUUUUGGAGUUUUUUUCUUUUCUUUUUGCAAAAAGGGUAAUCUCAUUAGUUUUGAUUUUAUUGCUUUAUAGCUGUGAUAAUGGAGGACGAAGCUAGGGUAUCUGGAGGAGGGGGCGAAAUAUAUUGGUUAGAUGCCCGUGAGGAUAUUUCGUGCGAUCUAAUUGAUGAUUUCGUGGGUUUUGAUCGGUCGGUUGUCCAGGAAUCCAUAGAUAAUGGGGUGAAUAAUGAUUUCUUUGGCGGUAUUGAUCAUAUUUUAGAUAGUAUUAAGAACGGUGGAGGUCUCCCUCCAGUUGAGAAAUCCAACUUUUCUGGAAGCGGAGUUCAGGACAGUCGCGUUCCACAGAACAAUUUUCAGAUUAGUGGAAAUGGUUAUUGCGGAAAUGACACUGGAAGUGGUGUUCCUCAGUGGAAUGGACUUGGAAAUAACACUGAAGGAGAGACAGAGAAAUUGGGUGAUAGAGAAAUUACAGUUUUGGCUAAAGAGAAUGGUUUACAAAAGAAUAGCUUUAGGAGAAACGAGGCGUCAAAAGAGAGAGAUUUUGAUAAAGGCGAGAGGGUUGGGAAGAGAGCUAGAGUUUGUAGUUACAAGAACGAAAGGAACAACUUUAUGGGUAGAGGGCAGCUUUUUUCUGUAGACAGGGAUAGAUCUUUGAAUAGGAAACGGCCUCAUGUUUGGGAUGAGGGUGAAAGGGGUCAUGGUAAGAGAAGAGACUACUACAAUAAUGGCAGUCACAGAAGAGAUUGUAGAGAUAGAGAACCUAGAGGUUACUGGGUGAGGGAUAAAUUGGGUGAGAAUGAGAUGGUUUAUCGGGUAGGAACUUGGGAAGCUAAUCACGAUAGAGACUCGAAGGACGAGAAUGGUAAAAACCAAGAAGGUGAUGGAAAGGUAGAGAGCAAGCCUGAUGACCUUACAGAAAAGGUCGUGGAAGAGCAAGCACGUCGAUACCAAUUGGAUGUGCUUGAACAGGCAAGGACGAAAAACACAAUAGCCUUCCUUGAAACAGGUGCAGGGAAGACUCUCAUUGCAGUUCUUCUAAUCAAAAGUGUUUACAAGGAUUUACUGGGUCAGAAUAAAAAAAUGCUUGCCGUGUUUUUGGUUCCCAAAGUGCCAUUGGUUUACCAGCAAGCAGAAGUGAUCCGCAAGCAAACUGGUUAUCAAGUUGGGCAUUAUUGUGGCGAUAUGGGCCAGGAUUUUUGGGAUGCCCGAAGGUGGCAGCGGGAGUUUGAAACUAAGCAGGUCCUUGUCAUGACAGCGCAAAUUCUCUUGAAUAUAUUGCGGCACAGCAUCAUUAAAAUGGAAAUGAUUAAUCUUCUUAUUCUCGAUGAAUGCCACCAUGCCGUCAAGAAACAUCCAUACUCAUUAGUGAUGUCUGAGUUCUAUCAUACCACCACAAAGGAUAAAAGACCUUCUGUUUUUGGAAUGACUGCCUCGCCUGUUAACCUAAAGGGUGUUUCUAGUCAAGUGGAUUGUGCAAUAAAAAUUCGUAAUCUCGAGACCAAGCUGGAUUCUAUUGUCUGUACAAUAAAAGACCGAAAGGAAUUAGAAAAACAUGUGCCCAUGCCUUCAGAAAUCGUCGUUGAGUAUGACAAAGCUGCUACUAUGUGGUCUCUUCAUGAAAAAAUAAAGCAAAUGAUCACAGCUGUUGAGGAGGCUGCACAAGCAAGUUCUAGAAGGAGUAAGUGGCAAUUUAUGGGGGCUAGGGAUGCAGGAGCGAAAGAAGAGCUGAGACAGGUUUAUGGAGUCUCUGAGAGGACUGAGAGCGACGGGGCGGCCAAUUUGGUUCAUAAACUGAGGGCCAUUAAUUAUGCUCUUGCUGAACUAGGUCAAUGGUGUGCUUACAAGGUGGCACAAUCCUUCUUGACGGCACUGCAAAACGACGAGAGAGUGAACUUUCAAGUCGAUGUAAAGUUUCAAGAGUCCUUCCUCAGUGAAGUUGUGUCACUUUUACAAUGUGAGUUGUCGGAAGGUGCUGCGUCUGGCAAGAUUGUGAAAGUUUCAGAGCUGGACAAUGGGAAUGCACAAGAUCGGGACAAUUCUGAUGAGAUUGAGGAGGGAGAGCUCCCUGAUGAUCAUGUGGUUUCUGGAGGGGAGCACGUUGACGUAAUAAUAGGGGCUGCAGUAGCCGAUGGGAAGGUUACUCCAAAAGUUCAGUCGUUGAUCAAAAUACUUCUCAAGUAUCAACACACGGAGGAUUUUCGUGCAAUUGUUUUUGUUGAGCGUGUGGUUGCUGCUUUAGUUCUUCCGAAGGUUUUGGCUGAGCUGCCUUCCUUGGGUUUUAUUCGGUGUGCUAGUUUGAUUGGGCAUAACAACAGCCAGGAAAUGAGAACAUCUCAAAUGCAGGAUACAAUUUCCAAAUUUCGAGAUGGGCAGGUGACACUAUUAGUCGCCACAAGUGUUGCUGAGGAAGGACUUGAUAUCAGGCAAUGUAAUGUUGUUAUUCGCUUUGAUCUUGCUAAGACGGUGCUGGCAUACAUCCAGUCACGGGGUCGGGCAAGGAAGCCUGGAUCAGACUACAUUCUCAUGGUUGAGAGGGGAAAUUUAUCUCAUGCAGCAUUCUUAAGGAAUGCUAGGAACAGUGAGGAGACCUUGCGAAAGGAAGCUAUUGAAAGGACUGAUCUUAGUCAUCUCAAGGAUACCUCGAGGUUGAUUUCCAUUGAUGCUGUGCCUGGUACAGUUUAUAAGGUGGAAACUACUGGUGCCAUGGUUAGCUUGAAUUCUGCUGUUGGUCUCAUCCACUUCUACUGCUCUCAGCUACCCGGUGACAGGUAUGCAAUACUUCGCCCCGAGUUUAUCAUGGAGAAGCAUGAGAAGCCUGGAGGUCCUACCGAGUAUUCAUGUAGGCUUCAGCUUCCAUGCAAUGCACCAUUUGAAAUACUCGAGGGUCCCAUUUGCAGUUCAAUGCGACUUGCACAACAGGCUGUAUGUCUGGCCGCUUGCAAGAAGCUGCAUGAGAUGGGAGUGUUUACUGAUAUGCUAUUGCCAGACAAGGGGAGUGGUCAAGAUGCGGAAAAGGCUGACCAAGAUGAUGAAGGUGAACCUCUUCCCGGAACUGCUAGACACAGAGAAUUUUAUCCUGAAGGUGUGGCUGAUGUACUGAAGGGAGAAUGGAUUUUAUCUGGAAUGGAUGGCUGUGACAGCUCAAAAGUAUUCCAUCUAUAUAUGUAUGCUGUCAAAUGUGUGAAUUCUGGGUCUUCUAAAGACCCAUUCCUAAAUCAAGUUUCAGAUUUCGCGGUUCUAUUUGGCAAUGAGCUGGAUGCAGAGGUAUUAUCGAUGUCGAUGGAUCUUUUUAUCGCUCGGGCCAUGAUCACUAAAGCAUCUCUUGCUUAUAGGGGCUCACUUGAUGUUACAGCAAACCAGCUAGCUUCCCUUAAAAACUUUCAUGUGAGAUUGAUGAGUAUUGUGUUAGAUGUGGAUGUUGAACCCUCCACGACACCAUGGGAUCCUGCAAAGGCGUAUUUGUUUGUUCCUGUGGUUGACAAUAUCUCUGUGGAACCCAGUAAAGAAAUCAACUGGGAUUUGGUUGAAAACAUUACCAGAACCACUGCGUGGAACAACCCCCUCCAAAGAGCUCGGCCGGAUGUGUAUCUUGGAACAAAUGAGAGAACUCUUGGUGGAGACAGAAGGGAAUAUGGGUUCGGGAAACUUCGUCACAACAUUGUGUUUGGUCAGAAAUAUCACCCGACUUAUGGUAUUAGAGGAGCUGUUGCACCUUUUGAUGUUGUGAAGGCUUCUGGGUUGGUACCCGUAAGAGAUGCUCUCGGAAAGGAAAAUUGUGAUUUACCCGAAGGUAGACUUAUGAUGGCUGAUGGGUACACGGUUGCGAAGAAUCUUAUCGGGAAAAUUGUGACAGCCGCACAUUCUGGGAAGCGAUUUUACGUGGAUUCCAUUUGCUAUGAUAUGAGUGCGGAAACAUCUUUCCCAAGGAAAGAGGGCUAUCUAGGCCCUCUGGAGUACAGCUCUUAUGCUGACUAUUACAAGCAAAAGUAUGGAGUUGAUUUGAAGUGUAGACAACAGCCUUUGAUCAAAGGAAGGGGUGUUUCAUAUUGCAAGAAUCUUCUCUCUCCACGGUUUGAACAGACAGGUGAAUCUGAGGCGAUCCUUGACAAGACAUAUUAUGUGUUUCUUCCACCUGAAAUAUGUGUUGUACAUCCACUUCCCGGGUCACUUGUUCGGGGUGCUCAGAGGCUGCCCUCGAUAAUGCGAAGGGUUGAGAGUAUGUUGCUUGCUGUUCAGCUCAAGGAUUUAAUCAAUUUUCCCAUUCCUUCUUCAAAGAUUCUGGAAGCUUUGACAGCCGCCUCAUGUCAGGAGACAUUCUGCUAUGAGAGAGCUGAGCUUCUGGGUGAUGCGUAUCUGAAAUGGGUUGUUAGUCGGUUUUUGUUUCUAAAAUAUCCACAGAAACACGAGGGUCAACUUACAAGGAUGAGGCAACAAAUGGUUAGUAACAUGAUUCUUUACCAAUACGCGCUGGAGAAAGGGCUACAGUCAUAUAUCCAGGCAGACCGGUUUGCCCCGUCAAGGUGGGCUGCACCCGGGGUUCCCCCGGUUUUUGAUGAGGACACAAAGGACGAUGACUCGUCACUUUUUGAUGAAGAGAAACCCGUUUCCGAGGGAAACCAAGUAGUAACAAAUCAUGGUUUUGAAGAUGGGGAGAUGGAAGAUGGUGAACUGGAGAGCGACUUGAGUUCAUAUAGAGUUCUAUCUAGCAAGACAUUGGCCGACGUGGUUGAAGCUUUGAUCGGUGUAUAUUACGUCGAGGGUGGUAAACAUGCAGCUAAUCACUUGAUGAAAUGGAUCGGGAUUCAUGUGGAGGCAGAUCCUACGGAAAUAGAAGGAACCGUGAAGGCAGCCAAUGUACCAGAGAGUGUACUCAAGAGCGUUGAUUUUAUUGCAAUAGAGAGGGCGCUGAACUAUAAGUUUACAGAAAAGGGUCUGCUGGUGGAAGCCCUGACUCAUGCUUCGAGGCCUUCUUCCGGCGUAUCGUGUUACCAGAGAUUGGAAUUUGUUGGUGAUGCGGUCUUGGAUCAUCUUAUAACAAGGCACUUGUUUUUCACCUACACAAGUCUUCCACCUGGUCGCUUGACUGAUCUACGGGCUGCAGCUGUCAACAACGAAAACUUUGCACGCGUUGCCGUUAAACAUAAGCUUCAUCUGUACCUUCGCCAUGGCUCUACGGCCCUCGAGCGACAGAUUCGGGAUUUUGAGAAGGAAGUUGUGAAUGAGUUGAUGAAGCCAGGGUUUAACUCCUUUGGGUUGGGAGACUGCAAAGCUCCGAAAGUUCUAGGGGACAUUGUUGAAUCCAUAGCAGGUGCCAUUUUUCUCGACAGCCAGAAAGAUACUACUGUUGUAUGGGGGGUGUUUGAGCCGUUGAUGCAGCCGAUGGUGACACCAGAGACACUGCCGAUGCAUCCAGUGAGGGAGCUGCAGGAGAGGUGCCAGCAGCAAGCAGAAGGGUUGGAGUAUAAGGCCAGUAGGAGUGGGAAUAUGGCCACUGUUGAAGUUUUCAUAGAUGGAGUUCAGGUGGGAAUGGCUCAUAACCCUCAGAAGAAGAUGGCUCAGAAGCUUGCUGCCAGGAACGCACUUGCUGUCUUGAAGGAGAAGGAGACCAAGCAGAAGGAGAAGGAGAAAGAGAAAGAGAAAGAGAAGAAGGAACCGAAGAAUGGGAUAGUGAACCAGACGUUCACGAGGCAAACACUGAACGAUAUAUGCUUGAGGAGGAACUGGCCAAUGCCAUCGUACAGGUGCGUGAAGGAGGGAGGGCCUGCCCAUGCCAAGCGCUUCACGUUCGGGGUCAGAGUCAAUACGACCGACCGAGGAAUGACCGAUGAGUGCAUCGGUGAGCCAAUGCCCAGCGUCAAGAAGGCCAAGGACUCUGCCGCCCUUCUCCUCCUCCAGCUCCUUAAUCAGUUAUAUUCUUAAAUGAAAGCUCUCAAAACUCAACAACAACAACAACAAAUAUUAUCAUAUUUCUUCUAGGUUGUCUGCUCAGAUUCUGUUUUGUCCGGUCUGGUCUGAUCGAUAUCUUAUAUGUAUCAACAGUGAGGUUCUUGCCUUUUUCAAAGAUUGCUACAUUAAUGUUAA